GAUAGAUUAAUGAACUCAUAGCUCUAUGGUGGCUUACUUAGGAAAUUUAGGUUAUAUUUGUGUUGACAAUCAGCUGGUUUUGAAAUGCUCCCAAAAAUUUUUCAGAAGGGAUCUGCAAGAUGGCAUUGAGGAAAACGAUUUUGAAGAAUUCAAAAAUACUCUCAGCAAGUUUCUCAUAUUACAUCAACGUCCCGCAAAAUUCACUUAGAAUCGCUUCAACAGAUCCGCAUAAUAAAUACAUUCACACCACGCUGACAAGGUUUGAAAAUGAAGGAACCAAAGCUGUUGCUCAAGUCGGCGCCUUCGAGAAAAUCGAAAAUAAGAACAAGAACACAUAUUUGGAAAUGGUGAAAAUAUUCAUCAAUAGGGACCAGGUGUACAGAAGAGGCCACGUAGAGUUUAUUCAUUCUGCGCUGAAACACAUGAAAGAAUUUGGAGUCCAUAAGGAUCUGGAGGUUUACCGUUCUCUCAUCGACGUAUUACCCAAAGGCAAAUUCGUUGCCACCAACAUAUUACAAGCGGAAUUCAUGCAUUAUCCUAAGCAGCAGCAAUGUAUUUUGGAUCUUCUACAGCAGAUGGAAGAUAACGGUGUUAUGCCGGACCGCGAAAUUCAAGAUUUAUUGAUCAACAUCUUCGGUAAGAGGGCGUUUCCUCUCAGGAAGUACUGGAGAAUGAUGUACUGGAUGCCAAAAUUCAAACACGCCAACCCGUUUCCGGUUCCUGCAGAUCUGACGAAUGACGUUUUAGAACUUGCAAAGAUGGCUAUAGCUAGAAUAAGCGGUGUCGAUCCCCAAGUGGAGAUCACCGAGUACCGAACAAAAGACAUAGAAGAUUCUAUAGACGAUACAUGGAUUGUAAAUGCGCAAUCUCCCACCCAGCGUUCUCUACUGGAAAAACAUGAUCCAAAAGAACCGGUGUAUGUUGAAGGUGCUUUCAGAGUUUGGUUGAGGGAUAAACAGGUUAAUUAUUUCAUAUUAAGGGCUAACCCAAGGCCACCACCAGCUGACAUAGACUCCUAUGACGAGGAUGACGUGACAAAUAUAGAAGUACCUCUUUUCAAUCUCAAACCACCAAUCAUUAAGCACAUUGUUGACAGAAAGACUGUUCAUGAACAAGAUGACGGUACUAUUUUUGCUAUAUGUGCUACCGGAACAUCGAGCAAAGAUUCUUUGUUAUCUUGGAUACGACACCUAGAGAAGAACGGAAAUCACGCCUUGAGCGAAGUACCAGUUGUGUUCACGCUGAGGUCAGCACCGAAGGAGCUGAUGGCACAGGAAGAAACUGAAGACCGAACUAUUGAGAGUUUACGCACGAAUUGAUAGUAGAUUAAUAAUUUCAGAAUACAUUUCAUAUUAUGAAAAAUAGAAAUUAAAAAUAGAA